AUGCCCGUCGCAACAUCCCAUAAGAGAACAACCGGUUCCACUGUCGCCAAAAAAGCAGCCAGAAAUGCGAUGUUGAAGGUCGCUGGUACCACUAAAGUUUCUCCCACACAACUGGAACGUGUGGUACAGUCAGUGAACGAUGCUACAAAGAGACUUUCACAGCCCGAUUCGAUUCUGAGUACUAGUACAACCACUAAAUCUUCGAAGAGAAAGUCGCGAGAUACCGUAGGCCCUUGGAAAUUGGGGAAAACACUGGGCAAGGGCUCCUCAGGGCGAGUUCGACUAGCAAAAAAUAUGGAAACGGGCCAACUGGCAGCUAUCAAGAUUGUUCCUAAGAAGAAUAAUGUGCUGGGGAAGAAUGAUGCCUGUUCGACUUCGUCUGCUUCCUAUACAUCAAACUCUUCACAGACUUCGACGAUGAUGAAUACAACAGCAAACAACUAUACUACUGCUGGUCAUAGUAAUGUUGCUACUAAUCCUUAUGGGAUUGAACGUGAGAUUGUCAUCAUGAAGCUUAUAUCGCAUGCAAACGUGCUAGGUUUGUACGAAGUAUGGGAGAAUAAGUCAGAGUUGUAUUUGGUCCUAGAGUAUGUUGAUGGAGGUGAACUAUUUGAUUAUUUGGUCUCUAGAGGUAGAUUGUGUGAACGGGAAGCUGUUCACUACUUUAAACAGAUCAUCCAGGGUGUUUCUUACUGUCAUGCGUUUAAUAUCUGUCAUAGAGACUUGAAGCCGGAGAAUUUGCUUCUGGAUAAGAAGAAUAGUACUAUCAAGAUUGCCGAUUUUGGGAUGGCUGCCUUGGAAGUCUCCAAUAAGCUUUUGCAAACUUCAUGUGGUUCACCUCAUUACGCCUCACCUGAGAUUGUUAUGGGAAAACAGUACCACGGUGGACCUAGUGACGUAUGGUCCUGUGGUAUCAUCCUGUUUGCGUUAUUGACGGGACACCUGCCCUUCAAUGACGAUAGUAUCAAAAAAUUACUACUAAAAGUUCAGUCUGGUAAGUAUCAGAUGCCACAGAAUCUGUCAAAGGAGGCCCAGGACCUUAUAGCCAAGAUUCUGACGGUCAACCCGGCGAAAAGGUUAACCACUGAGGAAAUCUUGAGACAUCCUCUGAUUGUGAAAUACGACUCUAUGAUGAAGACAAAGAAGUACAAGGCACUAUACAAGAAUAUGGGCCAAGGAAAAUCAAAUGCUGACUUGCAUUUACUCAAUAAUUACGAAGCAACUACAAUCAACCUGAACUCCAGAAAGGAUAUCGAUGACACAAUAUUGAAUAAUCUCCAAAUACUGUGGCAUGGAGCUUCCCGUGAAUUGAUUGUAGCUAAACUAUUACAACCAAGGAUGUCCGAGGAGAAGGUGUUUUAUUCCUUACUAUUAAAAUACAAGGAGAACCACUCGAGUCACCCGUCGGCUGAAGUUCAAGCGGAAGAAGCUGCAAUCGCUGAAGAACAUCCUAACGAAAGCCGGGAUUCCAACGAUGAAGAGGAUAAUGACGCUGGUGCUCCGAAACUGUUACAAAAGUCACAAUUUAGCGUGCCAGCUAUUAAACUAGAAGAGGCUGGUGUACCGUCGCUACCUUCCAACUCUAUACCCCCGGCCAUUCCGGUGUUUGCAGCAUCAUCUUCGAGGGUGUUCAAGAAAAGCGGCUCGACGUUAUCUUUACAAACACAGAAGUCUCAAAGGGCUACUUUGCCAAAAUCUACAUCGGGCAAGUCGUUAAGUCGCUCUAGCUCCAAAAAGACAUUGCAGAAUUCAGCUUCUAAGAGGUCUUUGUAUUCAUUAAAUUCGAUCUCCAAGAGAUCUUUGAAUUUGAACGACUAUGUAACAGUUGGUGCUGACAAUGAGGAGUUCAAUCAACUACCUCCCCUACCAUCGUUGGAGUCCACUAAUGGAUUUGAAAACUUAUGCGAGCAAAUCUUAUUUGGCAACGCCUUAGACAAAAUUUUGGAAGAAGAGGAAGAAGAGGAUAAGCGCAAUGACCUCGGUGGGUUCAAGGGAACAACUAGCUCGUCCGAUGCUACUUUGACGAAAGAAGCUGUAGGUAAGGAAUACACACCUAGCGAGAUUGCCAUCAAACCUGCAUUUGAACUCAACAAGCAGAAAUCACAAAGAUCGCUUGAACCUAGCGAUGAUCAAAAGUCAACGGUACAAAUGCCACUAAGAGAUAUUACUAAUAAUCAUCAGCCGCUGAAAAACCGUCGUAGCCAACUUAAGAGAGAAGCUUCCCAGAAAUCAAAUCUGAGUGCGAUUUUAGAUCAAAAACCUAUCAAAAAAGAAUAUCCACCUCCAUCCAACUUCGGGAUGCGCAGUUCUUCUACCGCACAAACACAAGAACGCGUACAUUCGCUAGAUCCGCGUCGUAAUGCUUCACAACCAGCCAAUUCGAAUAUGGUAGAGUCACUGCUGAAUAGCUUCAGAUCGAAAUCUGGUUCAUUAAAAAGAAAUAAGAGCCGCGACUGGGCUUAUUCUCGUGGCUCGAUAUUCUUGUCUACCCGUGAUUCUACCAACGAUACCUCCACAUCAAGAAAUGAAUCCACUGUCAAGGAUAUCGCAGAACAAACUUUGCCCUCCGAAAAUGUUUUAGAUUUCGAUAAUUCUGCUUUGGAUAUUUUGGCUCAUUCAAGUACAGUGCACAACGACAACGAUAAGGAGAGCAUUCCCAAUAUAACUUUUAAUGCUUCCACUACAUUUAAGGACCUGAAUGAGAUUUUACGUGAUGGAAAUGAAAGUUACGUCCUCAAUGGUAAAAGGCCUUCACAGCCAACUACAAGAAAUAAUACCAUGAGGAAGCCAUCAACCAAACUCAGUCUCACGCCAAAGAGUGCCCUCACGGUAGGGUUAAGCAAUAAAACGACACAUAGUCAUAAUUGCUCUGUUAUGAGCAACGAUUUCGACCUGAUGUCUGAUAUGAGCUUUGCUAUGGAUAUUCCUACUAACACAUUUAUGGCCCAAGCCAUUUCUAUCUCCAAUCGUGCAUCUGGUGAUCAUGUCGUUUCUGAUGGCGAUUACAGCAGCAAGGCAUUUACACAGGAUGAGACGACAAACAAUUCCAGCCAUACCCCAGCGACAACCUAUGAGGAGAACAAGGUUAACAUCUUUGAAGAUGCUCCCGCUGAUUCUGAGUCAAUUGACAUCACAUCCUCGGAAAGUGAUUCUUCUCCAAAUGUUCAUCGGAAAGCAGUCUCCAUCGACACUUUGAACACCACAAAUGUUUUGCCUCCAACGACUAACGUAAGGGUGAGUUUAUACAACAACCAUAACUCUACAGCAGGCUUACCUCGUGAGACAACGGAGCAAAUCAUUUCCAAAUUCAAUUUAACGCCAGAAAAACCCACAGCGCCUUUCCUACAAAAGCGAUUCUCUAUGAUACCGGGAAACAAAGGUCUCGAGGCUCCUGGUAAAUCUCAGAGUAUGCUGGCUAUGUUCAAGGACCUUGAGGAAGACGAUGAAUGUGAUGAAGCGUCAGAGAGUAAAAUACAUGCGUCAUCGACCAAUAAUGGUGUGGAUAACCAGAGUGAACCCCAACCGAAUAGAGUGACCAUGUUGUUCGACGGUGAGGAAGCUGAAAAUGAGCCUAAGUCUACAGAGCCGGCAGCACAAGACGAGGAGUUCGUGUUGACCCACAAGAAAGAAACGGCGCCACGAAGCAACUUAGGCACUUCCAAAAAACCCAAACCAGCCAUUAGAGUAAGGACGGCCAACCCCGAGGUGUCUAAUAAAAGUAAUAAACCAAAACGGAAUUGGUUUAGUAGACUUUUCAAUGGUUUCAAAACCAAAUCAGGAGGCGAUAAACUGACAGGAUAUCACAAGACAUUCAUGCCGUUUGAUGAUGUUCAUCUCUUAGCGUUGCACGAAUUUGAUAAGAAUGCAAUUGAUUAUCAACUGAAAGCCUCUGAAAGAAGGCAAGAUAAGGAAAAGGUAGAGUAUGAUUGCAAAUUUGUCUCUGGGAACUUCAAAUUCAAGAUCAAGAUUGAAAGCGGCGCGGGCACCACCCUAACGAUUAGAAGAAAGGUUGGGAAUAAAGGAGAAGCAUCAGAAGAAGCUUUUGAAACCUUCAAUCAGAAUAUAGCCGAAGUUAUUAAGCAAGCGGAGAGCAAGAAACAGGCUUGUUAA